AAUGCCUAGACGAAUCAGCUGUGAACCUUAUGAUUUUUUGUUUUGCAAUUUAGAGGAAGGUUAGAGACUUUAGAGACUGGAUAUAUAAUAAUGGUGGGAAUCUUGCAAAACGCUUCCAAAAUACAGAUGAAUUGUUUGAAACUCUUACAAAGGGCAAGUGGAAUAGGAAGUGUAACUCUAUCAUCCGCGAUACAAAGACAUACAUAUUCUAAUCAACCUUCGUAUCAGAAGAUUUUUGAUAGAAAUGCGAAGCGUUUGCAGAAGGAACGAGCAGCAUUGAGUCCUGAUGUUGAACUCUAUGACUACCUCAAGGAAGAAAUUGGAUACCGACUGGCUGAUAGAGUUUUCGAUAUCAAACGGGAAUUCCAAGCAGCGGCGGAUUUGGGUUGCAAUCGAGGCUUUCUCUCCCGACAUAUUUUGGCGGAGAGUGUGAAACAUUUGACACUUUGUGAUAUCAGUCCCACUAUGCUUUCGCAGGCAACAGGGACACCAGGAUUGCAAAUUGCGAAAAGAGAAAUCGACGAAGAGCAGUGGGAUCAGUUUGCAGAGAACUCCUUAGACUUGGUACUUUCUUCAUUGAGUCUGCACUGGGUUAAUGAUUUGCCAGGAUGUUUCGGUAGAGUUAUUCGAAGCCUAAAAGAGGAUGGCGUGUUUAUUGCUUCAAUGUUCGGUGGAGACACCUUGUACGAGCUGAGGUCAUCCCUGCAACUGGCAGAACUCGAGAGGAAGGGUGGAAUAGCGCCACAUAUCUCGCCAUUCACACAGAUUCGAGACAUUGGAUCGCUUCUCAAUCGUGCCGGUUUUACAAUGCUUACCAUUGACACAGAUGAAAUCGUCAUUGGCUAUCCUACAAUGUUUGAGCUAAUGCACGACCUCAAAGGUAUGGCCGAAAACAAUGCAGCCUUCAACAGACCCGUUCACUUAAACAGGGACACAAUGCUGGCAGCCAGUGCUAUAUAUAAGGAAAUGUAUGGCAAUGAUAAGGGCGUGCCAGCCACAUUUCAAAUCAUAUAUUUUGUUGGUUGGAAACCAGGGCCCAACCAACCAACCCCCUUGCCACGAGGAUCGGGAGAGGUGUCAUUAAAGGACUUAGGCACCCUAAUAGAGAAUAGUGCCAAAAGCAAGAAAAGUGAAAACAAAUGAACGAUAGUUUAUUUCAAUAGUUGUCUUUAUUGUAGCUUUCUCGUUUAAAUAUAUAUUUUCCCUUUUACUUCGAA